AUGGUUGGUGAAAGUACACGGGCGCUUCGACCAACGACAGUUUGCACAGACCUGGGGAAUCCCGUUGGCGACUGGCAUCACACAGAGGGGGAAUGGGCUGUGGUCAGCUUGGCAAAAGCGACAAGGAGCAUCGUCAACUUCAACACCAGUAAGGUAGAUCAGCACGCCUUCGAUGCAUUCGAUACGCUCAUUCAACUCCUGGUCAAAAUGGCUCAGAAAAUCCCUCUGCUGUCGAUGCUAGCAAUCGUCUCACACCGUGUGGAUGUCAAGCCGUUUGUCACUUUGGGCUUGACUGAUGGCACUCCACGAUUCCGCGGAGAAGGUUGA